UGAAAGUGGGAUUCCGAAGUUCCGCGCUGGAGCCUUUCGGCCCGCUCUUCCCCGAUUCCCCCGCCUCUCCAUGUCUUGAAGCGUCCCAGCGGAGACCAACGCGAAGAAGAUCUCGGCCUCCACAUCAAGUCCAAUGGCUUGUUUCCUCUUUCGCAAGAAGCUGUCCUCCUCCUCCUCCUAUUCCUCCUUUCCUUUCCCCCUCAGUCUCUCCGGUUUGUUCUCUCGCUGGUGCUUGUUGGAUUGCAAACUGCUCUAUACCAUGAUUCACUCAAUAUUAUUCAAGUUGGAUUUUAAUACCCGUUUGCACACUUGGUGCAGCUUCAGAUGUUUGAGCAGUUAUCACAUCUCAGGGAAGUUCGACUUGACUGACUUGACUCAACCACAUACAUGGUAUCCAAAUGCUCGGAGAAAGAAACGCAAUGUAUUUUUGCAUGUUGGUCCUACAAACAGUGGCAAAACAUAUAAUGCUCUAAAGCGGUUAGAGUCAAGCUCCUCAGGAGUAUAUUGUGGACCUCUAAGAUUACUGGCAUGGGAGGUGGCGCAGAGAUUAAAUAAAGCUAAAGUUCCCUGUAAUUUGAUUACUGGACAAGAAAGAGAGGAAAUUGAUGAUGCAAAGCAUAGCUCAGUAACAGUUGAAAUGGCUGAUUUGACCAGUGAAUACCGGUGUGCUGUUAUUGAUGAAAUCCAGAUGGUGGGGUGUAGAACAAGGGGGUUUUCUUUCACACGUGCAUUAUUAGGGAUUUCUUCAGAUGAACUUCAUCUUUGUGGAGAUCCAGCAGCUGUUCCUCUUAUUCAGAGAAUACUUGAAGUGACUGGAGAUCUGAUCAAGGUUCAAUAUUAUGACAGACUCUCGCCUCUGAUUCCUUUGAAAUAUCCACUUGGAUCUUUCUCCAACAUCAAAACAGGGGACUGUAUUGUAACUUUCUCAAGACACGAGAUAUACAAGUUGAAGAAAAAAAUUGAAAAUGGAGGAAAACAUCUUUGUUCUGUAGUCUAUGGCUCAUUGCCACCAGAGACUCGAACAAAGCAGGCAACAAUGUUCAAUGAUGAAAGUAGUGAGUUUGGUGUUCUUGUAGCCAGUGAUGCUAUUGGGAUGGGUCUCAAUCUGAAUAUUUCUAGAAUCAUCUUUUCAACAUUGAAAAAAUUUGAUGGUGUUUAUACCCGAGAACUGACAGUACCAGAAAUCAAACAGAUUGCAGGGAGGGCAGGGAGAUAUGGAUCUAAAUUUCCAAUUGGUGAAGUGACUUGUUUAGAUGCAGAAGAUCUACCUUUGCUUCAUUCAUCUCUGGGAUCUCCCUCUCCUGUUUUGGAGCAUGCUGGAUUGUUUCCUACUUUUGAUCUUUUGACCUUGUAUUCACGAUUGCAUUCAACAACUAAUUUCCACCCCAUACUGGAACAAUUUUUAGAGAAGGCCAAGUUAUCUCCAGAUUACUUCAUUGCUGACUGUGAGCACACGCUGAAGGUUGCCACGGUUGUUGAUACAUUCCCCCUUGGGUUGUAUGAUAAGUACCUUUUCUGCCUCAGUCCAGUUGACAUGAAUGAUGAUAUUGCAGCCCAGGGUCUGAUACAGUUUGCAGAAAACUAUGCAAAGAAGGGCCUUGUUAGACUUAGAGAAAUAUUUACACCUGGAACACUUCAGGUGCCCAAAUCACACAAUGCACUCAAGGAGCUUGAAUCCAUUCACAAGGUCCUAGAUCUCUAUGUGUGGCUGAGUUUCCGAAUGGAAGAUUCGUUUCCAGACCGUGAAUUGGCUUCUUCUCAGAAGGCAAUCUGUAGCUUAUUGAUUGAAGAGUUUUUGGAGAGACUAGGAUGGCAGACGCAAGGAAAAGGAAGCUAUCGGCACAGCCCCCUUCAUCUGCAGCAAAAAAUAUCGAUGCACUGCACUGUUUAGGCACUUUACUGAAAUCCAUGUGGUGGAGUCUCUGUAAGGGCCAUUUGACCAAGGUCGUUGCUAAAAGCACAGCGGAAUUUACAAUCACUCCUGACCCGCACACCCUGCCCCUUCUCUUUUUCCACCAUCAACAAUCAACAGAAGCAUGGUUUAUGUUAACGGACAUUGAAGUCUGUAAAGGAUAUGGUUUGACCGUUGAGCAUGCUGUGCUAUCAAUUUUAUGGAGAAUUAAGGAAAGCAUCCAUGGCAGAAUCCUUAAGUUUGUUUGUUUUGUAAAUUUGAAUGCAGCCAUAGAUUGGCUAUGUUAACUUUUGGAAUAUUUUUCUAAAUGUAUACGGGCAUGUAAUUUACAAUUUCUAAUAUAAUUGAUUCAUUUAAUGUCAUCUCAGCUGCCCA